AUGACGCGGGAAGAUCCCGAUCGGCUAUCGCCUAGAAGACGGUGUCCUUUCGAAUCUUCAGAUGCGGACCCAAAAAGAAGGCGAUUAGACAGUCCCGCUCCGGAGCCCUUGAUAGCGGCGGCGGCGAGCGUAGGCCGAACGCCUUUAGGUUCCGAGCCGGCCCCUCAGGCGCCCGGCCCCCCCUGUGAUGUUAGAGUUCCUUCGGCCGACGGCAGUGUGGAAACCCCCGAGAAAGCCGCCGGCGCGUCCCCGGCUCCUCAAAUAACGCCAUCGGCGAGUCCCGCGCCGGUGACGAUACCACAAUUACCCUCUUCACCCCCGAUCAGCACGACGUCGACGCCGCCCGCCCCGCCCGCAACUCCACCAGUCACUACAGUCGCGGAAAGCGACACUCCGGCUAAAAUUGCCUCUCCUAGUCCACGCGACGGUGCUGCUCCCGUAAGGCAUCUAGGAAAAAAAGCUUGGCUUCAAAGACACGAGACGGCACCUAUUGGGGAAGGCGAUUGUUCCGGUGGUGGUGGCACCUGCAUAACGCUACCCAUGACACUCAGCCGAGUGUCCGAACCCGAUGAUUCGAGUUCUAACAUUGUCGUUCCAGUCGCGGCGAAGUCUAUUCAAAGAGGCGCGCGGAAAACCUCGAAGCCUCGGAAGCCCAAAGAAGUGAACGGCCGGGUGGACGACGUCGAAGAAGACAGUUCCAGUUCGGACCGUGAACCAAGUUCGCCGCCGAAGCGAAAGCCCCCUAAGGCGAAACGGAAAAAGGGGGCCGUUAAGAAGGCGAACGAUGAGCCAAAAAAAAAGAAAGCGUCAGAGAGUGGAAGUGAAAGUGAUAAAGAAAGUGACGAUAAGGACUCCGAUUCGGCUGGGAGCGGGAGUGGUAGCGGUAGUGCUUCCAGUAAGCGUGGCGGAAGCAGAGCUCGCGGACGAAAAACCCGAGGAGGAGGAAGAGGAGGCAGGAGAAGGGAAGACCCUCCUAGAAGAACUCCCUCCACGGUGCGACCAAAGCCCGGCACGGAGUCCUUUCUCCAGAACGGGCCGUGCUUCGAAGUCGCCCCUAGGCUAGCAAAGUGCCGCGAGUGUCGCUGGUCGCCCGCUCAACGCGACAAAGACAUGCCGAACAUAUUUUGCCGCUUCUACGCUUUCCGAAGACUGAAAUAUGCAAAGAAUAGACAAUUAGCUAUAGCUGGAUUUUCCGAUCCAUACAAAGACGCUGAAGAGGAUGACAAAAAAUUAUGGUUAUCAUCAUCAGCUGGUGCAGCAGAAUUAGAUAUAGAAAUGAGUUGUUUCCUAUUGAGAGAGAUUGGAGACCAAUUUUGUGAACUAUUACAACAGGAAAAGGAAGCCGAAUCACAUCAUUUAAAUGAAGAUAAGACGAUAGCGUGGAAACGCGUGGUCCAAGGUGUGAGAGAAAUUUGUGACGUUUGUGAAACGACACUUUUCAAUUUCCACUGGACAUGCGGAAAGUGUGGUUUCGUCGUCUGUCUUGAUUGUUAUAAGUCCAAAACAUCGGGAGAAGCCAGUGCGAGUCCAGCCAGUGAGACCAGCAACGCUAAUGCUACCAAUGGAGAAAGAGAUUCUUUUGGCUGGCUAACAUGCACAUCGGGCGGGGCCCAUCCUGCACGUCGCCUACUCCUGACCCAGAUAGCGGCGGGUGGGGCACUCGUGGCGGCGGCGGCGCGUGCUCAUAGAAUACGAGCUGCCUUCUCCUUACCGGCUUGCGGAUGUGGCUACAACACGGAACCCCCAGCUCAUCAUAAAGCGGCCGCUAGGUUGCUGUUACAACGGGCUUUGCAAAAGAGUAUCAAAAAAGAAAACGUCAAAGAAGAGAACAGCCCGACAAACGGUUCACCGGUCAAGUCAGAAAACGGAAAGACCGGAAGCUCCAUCGUCAGCUGGCUCUCUGACCUUCCCAUCAAAACUGAUCUCAAGUCUGAAAAGUCCGACUCAAGCUCGUCUGACUCGGAGGAAAGCGGGAACUACUCGACUCUCCGGGAAUUAUUAAUACGACCGGCGCCCGAAGGAGGAGACACCCAACCCAAGAAGAAGCAGAAGAAAAAUAAGAGUGACUUACUCGAUGAUGUAAUAUCCAGUGUUAUCGAUGAUAAAAAGGAUGACGAUGAGACCAAACCGUUUGCGCUAUCCAAUGUAGUGAAACGGUAUGAAAGGGGCCGAGGAAGGGAAGAACUGCCCAUUCGUAUCAUGACCCUGACGGAGUCCAAGGUGCUGUACCCUGAUGUGCCUCAUUCCUGGCUCUGUGAUGGAAAGCUCCUACAUUUAACGGAUCCCGUGCACUCCGGGAACUAUAAGCCUUUCCAGGACCAAUGGAAACGCGGUCAGCCCGUUCUCGUGUCGGACGUGUCCAGUCUUCUCGACAAAGACCUGUGGUCGCCCGAGAGUUUCUCGCGAGACUUCGGAGAGACGCACGUGGACCUGGUCAACUGCGCCUCGGGACUGGUGGUCCCCAACCAGCCCGGAAGCAAAUUCUGGGACGGAUUCCAGCUGGCCGCCAAGCGGCUGAGGGACGAACGGGGCGCCCCCAUGGUCCUCAAGCUCAAGGACUGGCCUCCGGGCGAAGACUUCGCCGAAUUACUCCCGACGAGAUUCGACGAUCUCAUGAGGGUUCUCCCUCUUGGCGAGUACACGUCGCGGAACGGGAAACUCAACCUCGCGGCCCGACUGCCGGAAUGCUUCGUCCGACCGGACCUCGGGCCGAAGAUGUACACGGCGUACGGAGGGGCUGGAGGCACCACGAACCUUCACCUCGACGUCAGCGACGCCGUCAACGUCAUGGUCCACGCCAGCGCUCCGGCCGACGCCCCCGAGAGGGCCCGAGAGGCUUCCCGAGCCGCCGAAGAGGCCGGCGUCGACGUGCUGUCGCGCAAGAGGGCCAGGGUCAAGCCCCCGGCGGCCCUUUGGCACAUUUACGCGGCUAAAGACGCGGACAAGAUCCGCGAUUUCCUAGUCAGGGCCGAGCUGGAGCGAGGGGCCAGGCCGCGGGCCCAGCACGACCCCGUCCACGACCAGACCUGGUACCUGGACGCGGCUCUGAGGGAGCGCCUCUACCGCGAGUACGGGGUCGAGGGCUACGCCAUCCUCCAGUGCCCCGGAGACGCCGUGUUCGUCCCGGCCGGCGCCCCUCACCAAGUGAGGAAUCUGCUGGACUGCAUCAAGGUGGCCGAGGACUUCGUGUCCCCCGAGAACGUGUCGCGCUGCUUCGAGCUGGCCCAGCAGUUCCGGCGGCUGUCCCGGCAGCACGCCAACAAGGAGGACAAGCUGCAGAUCAAGAACAUCGUGUACCACGCGGUGAAGGACUCCCUCUGCUGCCUCGAGGAAGCCCUGGAAGAGAAGUGA